CUCUACUUGAAGUUUUACAGGAUCCAUAAAUCUAAAACAAUGGGAAACGGUGAUAAAGUUCGACCCAGCAAAAAGAUCAAGUUCUCCAACAAGGAGCAUAGAAGCACAGCUGUUGAAGAUUAUGAUCCUUCUUAUGCAGAAGAUAUCGAUGAUGAUUAUCGAGAUGGUGAAGGAAAAAAGUGGGAUUUUACAGAAUUGGAACUUAAACCUGAUCAUGCCAAUCGGCCAUUAUGGGCUUGUGCUGAUGGUCGGAUUUUCCUUGAAACUUUCUCCCCACUUUACAAACAAGCCUAUGAUUUCCUCAUUGCCAUCGCCGAACCGGUCUGCAGGCCAGAAUCGAUGCAUGAGUAUAACUUGACGCCGCAUUCAUUGUAUGCGGCUGUGUCAGUGGGACUUGAAACUGAAACUAUCGUAUCCGUCUUGAGUAAAUUGUCGAAGACCAAGCUGCCAAAGGAGAUGAUAAAAUUCAUUCAUGAUUCAACUGCUAACUAUGGCAAAGUAAAACUUGUCCUCAAGAAGAACCGGUAUUUUGUUGAGUCCCCAUUUCCAGAGGUGUUGAAAAGAUUGCUUAAGGAUGAAGUUAUAGUUCAAGCUAGAAUCUCAACCGAGGGAUUGCAUGGAAGUGAUGGAUUUACUGUGAGCAAAUCCAUGGGUGAAAUUGAAGGGAGACAUGAUGAGUUGCUAAAUGAAGCAGAGUUGGCAGCUGCAGCUGAGGAAAAAGAGACGCACUCAUUUGAAAUUGACCCUGCUCAGGUUGAAAAUGUAAAGCAGCGGUGCCUGCCAAAUGCUUUAAAUUAUCCCAUGUUGGAGGAGUACGAUUUCAGGAAUGAUACUGUCAAUCCUGAUCUUGACAUGGAGUUGAAGCCUCAAGCUCAGCCAAGACCUUACCAAGAAAAAAGUCUUAGUAAAAUGUUUGGGAAUGGCAGGGCAAGAUCUGGUAUUAUUGUGCUACCCUGUGGUGCUGGGAAAUCAUUGGUGGGUGUUUCUGCUGCCUCUAGAAUUAAAAAAAGCUGUCUUUGCUUGGCAACAAAUGCUGUUUCUGUGGAUCAAUGGGCUUUUCAAUUCAAGUUGUGGUCUACAAUUCGAGAUGAGCAAAUCUGUCGUUUCACAUCUGAUAGCAAAGAAAGAUUCCGUGGUAAUGCUGGGGUGGUUGUGACUACAUAUAACAUGGUUGCUUUUGGUGGGAAGCGUUCUGAAGAAUCUGAAAAGAUCAUUGAAGAAAUAAGAAAUAGAGAAUGGGGAUUGCUUCUAAUGGAUGAGGUGCACGUGGUACCUGCUCACAUGUUUCGGAAGGUCAUCAGCCUCACUAAGUCUCACUGCAAAUUGGGACUGACUGCUACACUUGUGAGAGAGGACGAAAGGAUCACAGAUUUGAACUUCCUUAUUGGCCCCAAGUUAUACGAGGCAAAUUGGUUGGAUUUAGUGAAAGGCGGAUUCAUUGCAAAUGUACAAUGUGCUGAGGUCUGGUGUCCGAUGACAAAGGAGUUUUUUGCGGAAUAUUUGAAGAAAGAAAACUCCAAGAAGAAGCAGGCACUUUAUGUCAUGAACCCAAAUAAGUUUCGGGCUUGUGAGUUUCUGAUCCGGUUCCACGAGCAGCAGCGUGGCGAUAAGAUAAUUGUUUUUGCCGACAAUCUUUUUGCUCUUACGGAGUAUGCAAUGAAGCUUAGGAAACCUAUGAUCUAUGGUGCUACCAGCCACGUUGAAAGGACGAAGAUUCUUGAGGCAUUCAAAACUAGUCGCGAUGUGAACACUAUCUUCCUUUCUAAGGUAGGUGAUAACUCAAUUGAUAUACCAGAGGCGAAUGUGAUAAUUCAAAUCUCAUCACAUGCUGGUUCGAGACGUCAAGAAGCUCAACGACUUGGACGUAUUCUCAGGGCCAAGGGGCGGCUUCAAGAUAGGAUGGCAGGGGGUAAAGAGGAGUAUAAUGCAUUUUUCUACUCUCUUGUUUCUACAGAUACACAAGAGAUGUAUUACUCAACAAAGAGGCAACAGUUCUUGAUUGAUCAAGGUUACAGUUUUAAGGUCAUCACCAGCUUGCCCCCUCCUGAUUCAGGGCCUGAGUUGAGCUAUCAUCGUCUUGAUGAGCAACUUGCACUUCUUGGAAAGGUUUUGAGUGCGGGUGAUGAUGCUGUUGGUUUGGAACAACUAGAAGAAGAUGCAGAUGGCAUGGCCCUCCAAAAAGCCCGUCGAUCUGCUGGAUCUAUGAGUGCCAUGUCAGGAGCAAGUGGGAUGGUUUAUAUGGAGUACAAUACUGGACAGAGAAGACCUGGGCAUGGUAUGAAGAGCAAGCCAAAGGAUCCAUCCAAGAGACAUCAUUUGUUCAAGAAGCGCUUUGGCUAAGCAGACGACUAAACCUUCUGAAUGUCUUCUGCAACCAUCAUGUACCCUUGGUGGUGGUUAUUUGCUUUGAUAUCCCUAUUUGAGAAGGUGACAGAAGCAGACAUGCAGAGAGAGGCAUAUAUGCCCCUCUUGUGUAUUCAUGACGACAAUUUUGUGACUACCUAGUGAAAAGAACUAAUAACAAGAACGUCUUAUACGUAGAUAUAUCAAGCUUUGUAACAGGGAAGAGAUCACAUAUGAUUUUAAGAUUUCGUAAAAUGUGGCAUGAAGUUCUGUCCAUUGUGCUGGGUAAAUUGAUUUGUCAACAAGAAGCAUUCAGUCACUAAUGUACCAUGCGAGAAAGUUUUACUGUUUAAAAGGCAUUUCUUUCGCUCUCGUUGACUGA